UUUAGAUGUCACUCUUUGCUUCAAUAGUUCUAGUAAAUUAGCGUUAAAGAAGAGGCUACAGGUCUCCGGCAUCAAUGGUCUUAUGCUCGCAAUAUCACCAAGUAAUGCCAUGGGAGACAAGCGGAUGCUUGGAUUAUGUGUAAGCUUCAUGAUAUGUAUGUUUUUUUCUUUCUUUCUUUUUCUUUUGCAAGACACGAGAGGUCUAUUUUUCAUAUUUAAAAAGAGAUUAGAUUGGCUCCACAUGGCGGCCAUAGUUUUUGCUAUCUUGUUUUUCUUUUUUUUUUGUAAUAUGUAAAUUGAGCAGGGGCUUCAACGCUAGACAUCGGUCGCCGCAAUUCAAAGAAGUGUUAUAAUCGGUAUAUGUGUGAGAGUUAUUAAAGCAUCAUAGUAUGAACAUGAGCCAAACUUGGCCAUCGUGAGCGAUACGUAUUCUUCAGACUUUGUAAAAUAAUCUAUUCGUGUAUAAC